CUUGGAAGGUCGGUCUAUCAGACUUCAAGUCAUUAGCGCAAAAAAUAUACGAGUCCCCCCCUGGCGAAUCCAUGCAGGCAUCUAUGUGUCUAUUAAACUCAACUCCAACACACGCUGGAAAUCAGCCAUCAGUGUCAUAUCGUCCGACAGUGCUGUAGCUUUGGGUGAUACGCUGACCAUGUGAAGCCUUACAGACUUGUGGACACAAUUUCACUACUCAUCAUUGGUUUCCAGAUCACUAGAUGAGUCACCUAAGCUGUCCCUCGAGAUAAGAGCAUCCUUCGAACUCGAUCGAAUGCUAGGCCACGGGGCACUCGUUGGAAAAAUUGAAACAUCAUGGAGCGACCUGCUCAAUCACGGAGAUGAACCCUUUGACCUGUCCUUUCCACCCAUUGAUGAUAUCUACCCUUCUCUCACACUGAAGACCGCUUUUGCGCACACUUGCGAAUACGACGACGGCGCACUACUUGAUUCAAUCGUUGAGUGCGAGAUUACUCGGCGCACGGAUGCAGGCCACACACGACUUUCCAAAUACAUGAGCAGCAAGAGUGGUGUCUCUCACCUGAAUGGCGCUGUGAACUAUUUUCAGUGGGUCGUGGCUAGCUGUCCGGUUGGUCAUCCUGACCGUGCUGCCGCUCUUACCAAUCUCGCAUGGGCCCGCCUCCAAGGUUACAUUCGCAGGGAUCUUCAAGAUAUUGACUCUAGUACCUCUCUAUUUCGUGACACCCUAGCUUUGCGCCCACAGGGCCACCCUGAUCAUCCAUUAUCUGUCCAUCGUCUCACUGAAGCGCUAAGAUGGGGCUACAAAUAUCACCGUAUCACCACUGAUAUUCACGAAUGUGUUCAACUCUACCACCAGCUACUACCCAUCUGUCACGAGGGCACCCAUCUUCGGAGGAUCGUGGUUGGGAAAAACGGUCUGGAUUAUGUGAUCCGCAAAUGCAACAAACUUCCAACAGACGCAUCUGACGAAGGCAUCCACUUUCGACGAAUCGUGCUCGAGCUCUGUCCGCUGGGUCAGCCACAUCGUCCGAGUGCUCUUCGCAACCUUUCGUGGGCACUUUGCGUGCGCUUCCAACAAAGCGGCAGCAUCAUUGAUAUAGACGAGAGUAUACAGCUUAGUCACGAAGCUGUUUCUCUGUGCCCUGAGGGUCAUACUGGUCGUGAUGACUACUUGAAUGACUUGGCCGUCUUUCUCGGAUGCCGCUUCCAGCAUGAGGACGAAUCUCAUGACCUCGACGAGGCCAUUGCUCUGUAUGAAGAUGUGCUGCGCUUGCGCCCUGUUGGACACAAAUUUCGUGAUGCAAUAUUAGACAACCUGGGGGGCGCCCUUGUCACCCGUUUCGACAUAGACGGCGAUGUUGAUGACAUCAACAGAGCUAUUAGCCUCCAUCGCGAGGGACUGACAUUGCGCCGGCCUGGCCGUCCGAACCGUGAUACCAUACUUAACAAUCUUGCCCUCGCGCUCAAUAGCAGAUAUGAUCAAUUGGAGACUAGCAAGGAUCUUAACGAGGCCAUCAAUCUUUACCGCGGAGCACUUCGGUUAAGGCAGCAUGAUCAUCCAGAGCGCCAUAUAAAUCUUUUUAAUUUGAGCUCAGCACUCUGCUCUCGUUUCAUGGAAACUCAGAAGAAUGAAGAUAUCGAAGAAGCCAUCAGUCUCUGCCAAGAAUCAUUGGCGGCUUUGCCUGCACUGCACCCGGACAGGUAUUUCAGCUACGACUGGCUGCGUGUGGCCUAUAUGUCUCGUUACCAGAUUCUACACGACCCUGCUGAUUUGUCGCUUGCAGCGGAGAACUUCAGACUAGCAUCAAGGCAUCCCACUCAAGGCUUGCCACGACGCAUCAAUGUGUCAUAUGAUUGGACCGUCGCAGCAGAGCAACAUGCUCAUGGAUCUGCACUAGAGGCCUACUAUACAUUUUUCGAGCUUCUCGAUGCUCAUUUGGCAACGCGGUCAUCCACGACUUCACGGCGCGAAGCUGCCGCUGCCUUCAGUUACGCCAGAUCACUACCUGUAGAUGCAGCAUCAUGUGCCAUCCACCUUGAAGACCUACGACAGGCAGUCAAACUCGUCGAGCACGGUCGUGGCCAGCAAUGGUCGCUGGCAUCUCGACUCAGGACUCCGUUUGAAGACCUCGAGUCCACGAACCCCAAGCUAGCUCGCAGGUUUUCGGAGCUCGUCAAGCGUCUAUCCGACGCUCAAGGUUCUACAGUCAGUACAGGCCGAGCUGCUGCUGAUCAGGCAGCAAGAGAGUACAGGAAACUUGCAACAGAAUGGGACACCAUAGUGGCUGAAAUUCGUAAUACCUGCGGUUUCUCACGUUUCCUGCUUCCACCGUCGUACAAAGAUUUGCAAGCAACAGCGUGCCAUGGCCCUGUCAUCAUCCUCAUCGCGAGUAAAUACUCGUGCAACGCCAUCAUUGUCCCGACGUCAGGAAAAGCCUGCCAUGUUCCUUUCGCAGAUCUCACUCUCGCAGAUCUCAAUAUGCUCAAGGAUGACUUCGCCAGGGCGAUACGGCAUGCAUCUCGUAUGGGCCCAAAGGAGUCGAGGACGGAUUUAAUAGUACUCUUGCAGAAGGUAUGGGACGAGAUCAUGCUACCCAUCGUCAAUGCCCUUCAGUAUGACCUAAAAUUACCGCGCCGGUCUCGAAUAUGGCUGUGUCCGACAGCAGCCUUCACAUCCAUUCCUCUCCAUGCAGCUCACCCCUUUCGGAUGAAGGCAGAUCGCUCUGGGCGGGAACUAUGCCUGGAAGAUAUCUACGUCUGCUCUUACACGCCAACGCUUUCGGCUUUGAUGAGAUCUCGACAAGCGAUGAAGACAUCUGUCACUCCGACAUUCGCGGCGAUCGGGCAAAGUCAACCGGGUUCAGGGCAAGGUACGGUGCUCGCCGCUGUCAACAGUGAGCUCGAGCUUGUCCGUAAACUCGUUCCUCCCAAUGUCAAAUUCACUAGUCUUUCUGGUGACGAGGCUACACAGGCAGGUGCACUCGAUGCCUUACGACGCAACACUUGGGUGCACCUCGCGUGUCAUGGCAAGCAAGACCGCGAUCAGCCUUACAAUUCACGUUUUUCCAUGAGAGACAAACCUCUCACGCUGCUUGAUAUAAUGGAGAACCAUACUCCACAAGCUGAAUUCGCAUUCUUGUCGGCGUGUCAUACCGCCGCUGGCGAUGAGGAAACACCCGACGAAGUCAUCCACCUUGCGGCUGGUCUGCAGUUUUCGGGGUUCAAGAGUGUCAUCGGCACUCUGUGGGUGGUUGACGACGCUGUCGCAAAGCACGUUGUUGAAGCUUUCUAUGAGAAAAUGUUCGAGGAUUUGGAGGACGGUGUCAUGGAUUGUACGAGGGCGGCAAGGGCACUGAACCACGCCACACACGCUGUGAAGAAGAAAGUGCCGCUCGAGCAGAGGAUUGUUUUCAUUCACAUUGGCGUGUAGCUCGUGUCGCAUUAAGCUUUGUGAUAUGUACAGUUUUACCAGCCGUUGAUUUUACCUGAUACCCAUUACAUCUAGUUUUUUCUUUCGCGAUCCCUUGCAUCGUUGUCUACUCCAAGGCUUUGCGUAGAAAUGUCACUCGGCCAGCUCCUGUAUGCCACAGUUCCAAGAAGUGGUCCCACCUCAGGAAGUUAGACACCGGUUCAGUCCUCAUUC